GGGCAUAAUAUUAAUUAUUAUUCUAGCGUAUGGAACGGCUAGGGAAUUUCAAAUUGGUGGUGGUAGGUGGGUCAUCAGCCGAUGCCAGUCGGUGGUAAGAUGUGGCGGUGUGCGGUUGUGCUUGUCUCUUUACUGGUGGUGACCAGCACUAUCGAUGUGCGGCUGCUGCGGCGGUACCAUGGAUCGUCUGCUAAGGUGGAUUGUUUUGAUUUACCAGAACCGAGGGACUUGAAAUUUUUCAAACACCUCGAUGGAGCUGUGUGGCGUUCAAAAAAGUCAAGGAACCUGCAUCCCAUAAAAUACCGUCCCACCCCUAUCACAAGGGUACCGUCCCGGCGGAUCGACCUCGUCUUCUCAACCAAGGAGGACAUCGUCAAAGAGCACGCGAAACUAGUACAAGACAUCAACGGCCUCCGCCAAGUGCUCUACGUGCCCCCACUCGCAGACGAGUCAAAGGACUACGAGGACUCAAUCUUCCACGAGAUUCUAGAAACUUCCACGACGCCCCGACCCGGGCCGACUUCUACAAAACGCGCGAAGACAGGUAUUCCAAUCCUGCUAGUAGGUGGCGCUAGUAACAAGGUGAAGAGUCAGCCAGUGAAGGUGACGAAACAGACGUACAGUUUGGUCGGGUCAUCGGUGUCGCCAGUUAAACACCCGUAUCCUUUCGUCACGCCGACCAGGUCGCCCAUACGGGUGUGUAUGGCAACACCCGUGACUUAUGCGUCAAAACGGCCCAGCUUGUGGGAACGGAUUGUGAACACUAUUAUACCUAGAUAGCUUAAAUAUGGUUAGUUUGUAGGUUUAGUUAGGAUAGGAUUCUCAAGCUUUACUCCAAAGAUGUAUAUUGUGUUAUUUAUUUAUCUAUCUAAAAAUAAGGUGAGUCUUAUAUAAGUCUGAUCUAUUCCUUAUGUAAUUUAAUUUAAUAUUUAUAUAUGUGUAUGUUUGUAAUGUUGGAACGAAGUUCCCUAACACGCGGUACGCUGGCUGGGCUAGGCAAGCAACACGAAAAGUCCUCACGAUACUUGCUAUAGUACGUAGCGCUCGGAGAGCGUGUAUAAUUAUUUCUUCACUUAUACACGAAU